AUGAACACCCGACCUACCUGGACUGAACGUCUUCGAGAACACUGCCUCGUCCGACGGCUCGGUGAACCAACCGUUCAGGACAUUUCUGACCGUCGUGGAGGCCGAACAGCAUGGUCCUCGGUGGUCAUCGUCGAUGGUGUGUCAUUCAGCGCCAGGUACUGGUACGAUGGCAGUCAUGCAAACCAGGCCAAAGAAGACGCCGCAGAGGUUGCACUCAGACAGCUCACUGGGUAUACGAGCAUGAACCAGGAGCCACCGCCUGCGAGCCAUUAUCGAGGGGUGGGGGGCGGACAAGGGCCUCUUGUUGCGAUGUCCUCGCACACCUAUCUCCAUAUUGCCAUCAACAUGUCUGGGAGUCACCGCGUGUUACACGAAUAUGCACGACUUCAGUUAAAUAGCGCCUUUUUUGGAGACAAGCGUUGGCACUUGACAGUCAGCUUGUUGGUGUAUGGACGCCGCUUGCACCCUCGAUCCAUGCCUGACGACGGAAAGACGUUGCCUUAUCAGGGUUUUGAGGGACCAAAUCGCUCGAUCAAGUACCGGCAUUUAUUCGAAACCGACUUGCAUGAAGGAUCCUUCGACUUGAGGGAUGGGGCCUGA